AUGCCCAACACAGGCAGACCUAGUCGGGAUUGUCAUCUGUGCCGCAAACGGCGUGUCAAGUGUGAUCUCGCCCGUCCCGCCUGCCACAGAUGUAUCAAAUACGGCGCCGAGUGUCCGGGAUACCGGGAUCAGCAAGAGCUGGUCUUCCGUAACGCAGAUCCUACUGCCCUUAAGAAGCGCAAGAAGCGCACGCCGCAAACUCCCGGGGUGGAUGAGUCGCCGUCUUCAGCAUCGGAUACGGGCUUUUCGACGCCGGCUCUCAGCCCAAAUGGAGACUUCAUGUUUACACCUUCGACAGACGUCGUCUUAGUCAACGGCGUCAAUUGCAACGCCGUUGCUCCUCUCACGCGGCCCGUGUUUCAACACUGGACUUCACACUCAGUUCCCAUCGUCCUCAAUGUCUAUUCAAACUUCGAUUUCAUCCAGGACAUAUACAACAGCUACAACAUUGAUGGACCUCUUAUUUGGGCAGCUCACCUAUUUUCCCGCACCUAUGUGACCAACCUCCGUUAUCCGACUGCCAUAUCCAGGGACGCCCACGCAGAAACUGAGCGCGAGCUGGGUGGUUACCUGGGCAAGGCUCUAAACUCAGUCAACAAGGCCCUUAGUACGCCCGAUGGGGCUUUUAGAGAUGACGUUCUCGCUACUAUAUGGCUCCUCAGCAACUAUGAGCUGCUUGUUGGCUCUCUCAACCGCACAGAAACUCUAAGUCCUUGGCAUUUACACGCUCGAGGGUUGUACAGUAUCCUCAAAAUAAGAGGUGUCGCGCCGCUAUAUACGGCGAAAGGGCGCAUGUCAUUCUGGCCUGCCUAUAGUAUGGUGCAAAUUCAGUCUCUAAUUAACAAUACAGAGUGUCCUCCGGAGUCACAAGAAUGGUUCGAUGUUAUAGCACAAUCACCAUUCCCAGGGGAGGCCCUCGGGCUACAUGUGUCUCUAUUCAUAUCCAAAGUCUGCAGUGUUCAGGCUAAAAUCUUCAGUUUCUUUCGGCGGCGAGACUUUAGCGGCGCGUCUCGGGAGUAUGGCGAUCUCUUUGCCCAGAUGAAGGCAGCCACACAUGAGCUUGAAGAUUGGAUGGAAUCGAAUCCUGCGGACAACCAUAUGUUGGAAAUUUACGUGAUAAGCCUUUACCAGUCGGCUAUUGUCAAGGGAUUCAACGCCGUAAAGCUUCUCAUCAACUUCCUCACACACUACCCCCCAUGCCCAAUUCCUCUCCAACAGCUCAUGGCUGAUCGAGACUAUUGCGUCGAGAUUGCUCAGAUAUCAGCACAGGGAAUCCUAGAGAGCGUUCCACGUAUUCUUGGGCCCCUCGCAGCAAAAGGAAACGAGAAGUCUCCUAAAACUGUGUUUGAUGCAGUGAGGACGUUAUGGCCACUCAUAUGCGUAUAUGUCAUGGAAAUUUGCCGAUCAGAACAGCGACUUGCCGCAGAGGAAUACCUCUUCUACAUAGGUCGCGAAUUAGGAGUACGGCAGGGGCUGAAUACCUACUCGGGUAAAUUGACUCUGCCGCAGGAGGCACGGACACCCUUUGGAGAGCAUGGAGGGUUGUAG